AUGGCUUUGGAGAUGAAUAGUUUCCUUUCUUGGAUUUUGUUUUGUCUAGCAGCAAUGGUCUCCACCAUUUUCUUCAAACACAGGAAACGAUGUUAUGGUGCAAAGAGGAAACUCCCACCAGGGCAGCUUGGACUGCCAUUGAUAGGUGAAACAAUGGAGUUCUACAAAGCUCAACGCAGUAACCGGUUGUUCGAGGAGUUCGUCGAACCCCGCGUUGCCAAGUACGGGAAAAUCUUCAAAACAAGCCUCAUGGGAUCACCAACUGUUGUUGUAAAUGGAGCCGAAGCCAACCGGUUCAUAUUGUCGAAUGAGUUCAAGUUGGUGGUAAGCUCAUGGCCUUCAUCGUCAGUUCAGCUCAUGGGGAAAAACUCAAUCAUGGAGAAACAAGGGGAACAACAUCGUUUCCAUCGAGGUUUAAUAACCUCUUCCCUCAGCAGUACAGCGUUGGAAACUUUAGUGCCUAAAAUAUGCAUGGCAGUUCAAUUACACCUUCAAGAAUACUGGCAGGGAAAGGAUAGUGUUAGGCUUUAUUGUUCAACCAAACUUUUGACAUUCACCAUGGUGUUCGAAUGCUUGCUAGGGAUCAAUGUGGAGCCACAAAUGUUGGACACUUUCGAGAGGGUUUUGGAAGGUGCUUUUGCUCCACCACUCAACUUCCCUGGUUCUAAAUUUUCAAGAGCCAAGAAAGCAAGGGCGGAGAUUGUAAAGAUAUUGGAGAAAGUAGUGGACGAAAAGAGAAAAGAAAUGGAAAAUUGCAGCAUGGUUGGAGAGGAAAAUGGAUGUAUGCUACUCUCAAGAUUGGUGGGUGCAAUGAUUCGAGGGGAACUCAGUGAGGAAGAGGUUAUUGACAAUGUAGUUUUGCUGGUGUUUGCAGCUCAUGAUACAACUUCCUUCGCCAUUGCCAUGACCUUCAAAAUGUUAGCUCAGCAUCCAGACUGCUACUCCAAAAUCCUUCAAGAACAUGAUGAAGUAAAGAAGACAAAAAAGGCAGGUGAAAUGCUGACAUUAGGGGACGUGAAGAAAAUGGAGCGCACAUGGCAAGCUGCACGAGAAUGCAUGAGGCUGUUCCCUCCGAUCUUCGGGUCUUUUAGGAAAACAGUUGCGGACAUUGAAUAUGAAGGAUUCACCAUUCCCAAAGGAUGGAAGGUACGUACGUAGCGUAGCUUAUAUAGCUGUCGUCAUAAAUUUCUUUGGUUUUCUGU